AUGGCUGACGCUGAGGAGGGCUUUGCCUUGGCACACACCCCCUUGGACCCCGACUCAAAGGAUCUGCCCUGUGACUCGAAGCCGGAGGGUGCGCUGGGGGCCCCCAGCAAGUCCCCUUCAUCCCCUCAGGCUGCCUUCACCCAGCAGGGCAUGGAAGGGAUCAAGGUGUUUCUCCACGAACGAGAGCUGUGGCUGAAAUUCCAUGAAGUGGGGACAGAAAUGAUCAUCACCAAGGCUGGCAGGCGGAUGUUCCCCAGUUACAAAGUCAAGGUGACGGGUCUGAACCCCAAAACAAAGUACAUCCUCCUCAUGGACAUCGUCCCCGCAGACGACCAUAGAUACAAGUUUGCGGAUAAUAAAUGGUCUGUGACGGGCAAAGCGGAGCCUGCCAUGCCUGGUCGCCUGUACGUGCACCCCGACUCGCCGGCCACGGGUGCCCACUGGAUGCGGCAGCUUGUGUCCUUCCAGAAGCUCAAACUCACUAACAACCACCUGGACCCGUUUGGACACAUUAUUUUAAAUUCCAUGCACAAAUACCAGCCCAGAUUGCAUAUUGUGAAAGCGGAUGAAAAUAAUGGAUUUGGCUCCAAAAAUACGGCCUUCUGCACCCACGUGUUCCCUGAGACAGCCUUCAUCGCCGUGACCUCCUAUCAGAACCACAAGAUCACCCAGCUAAAGAUCGAGAAUAAUCCCUUUGCCAAAGGCUUCCGAGGCAGCGAUGACAUGGAGCUGCACAGGAUGUCGAGGAUGCAGAGCAAAGAGUACCCUGUGGUUCCCAGGAGCACUGUGAGACAAAAAGUGGCUUCGAACCACAGUCCCUUCAGCACUGAGCCCAGGGCUCUCUCCACGACCAACGUAGGCUCCCAGUACCAGUGUGAGAACGGCGUGUCCGGCCCUUCCCAAGAUCUCCUGUCUCCCCCCAACCCCUACCCACUGGCCCAGGAGCAUGGACCCAUCUACCACUGCACCAAGCGGAAAGAUGACGAAUGCUCUACCGCCGACCACCCCUACAAGAAGCCCUACAUGGAGACAUCCCCUAGCGACGAGGACCCCUUCUACCGGCCCAGUUAUGCCCCACAACAGGGCCUGGGCACCCCAUACCGGACAGAGUCAGCCCAGCGGCAGGCGUGCAUGUAUGCCAGUGCUGCGCCACCCGGGGAUGGCAGCCUGGAAGACAUCAGCUGCAACACAUGGCCGGCUGUGCCAUCCUACAGCAGCUGCACGGUGGCCGCUGUGCCCUCUGUGGACCGGCUCCCCUACCAGCACUUCUCUGCCCACUUCUCUUCGGGACCGCUGGUGCCCAGGCUGGCGGGCAUGGCCAACCAUGGCUCCCCGCAGCUGGCAGAGGGCAUGUUCCCGCACCAGAGCCCGGUGACUCACCCACCUGUGGCCAGGCCGUGCGGACCACAGACGGGCCUGCCCUCCCCAGGUAGCCUGCAGCCCCCCGAAUUCCUUUAUCCUCACAGUGUACCACGGACCCUCUCGCCCCACCAGUACCAUGCAGUGCACGGGGUGGGCAUGGUGUCCGAAUGGGGCGAGAACAGCUAA